AUGAUGCUACGGAGCAGAAAUAAUAACAGCGCAAACAUCAUCAAUAAUCAGAAACCAGGAGAGGUAAAACGUGGCAGAAAACAGACGAUUCAAGCUGAUGACAACAAAUUUGAGCCGAAACCAAAGCGGCCUGUAUUUGCCGACCUCAGCCGGAAGCUGUUCCAUGUUGGCGACUAUCUUCCUCAGCAUCCACAGCUGAGUAAGCAAACUCGUGCAGUUGUUGCUGAUUGGAUGGUAGAGAUACAAGAGACUUUCGAACUCAAUCAUGAAACACUUUACAUGGCGGUAAAAAUACUUGACCUAUAUCUUUCGAAAACUCAAGGAGUGCAGAAGGAUGAUUUGCAAGUUUUGGCCAGCGCGGCUUUCUUCAUCGCGAGUAAAUUUGAGGAGCGCAGUCCUCCUCUCAUUGAUGACUUUAUGUACGUCUGUGAUGAACAGUUCGAUCGUCCGCAGAUGAUUCAGGCGGAAAUGAAAGUACUCGACACAGUUAACUAUGACAUAGGAUUUCCUCUCAGCUACCGAUAUGUCAGACGAUAUGCCAGAGUGACCAAGACCGAUAUGCCGAAGCUAACGUUAGCGCGUUACGUUCUCGAGACUUCUCUGAUGUUCUACGAAUUCAUUGGUGUAUCGGAGUCAUUAAUGGCGGCUGCUGCUAUACUUCUGGCUUUCAAGAUGCACGACAAGGAAGCGACAUGGUCUCCCAUUCUACAAAAGUACUCAGGCUAUAAGCAAGAGGAUGUUGAACCUCUUAUGUGGGAGUUGAAUCACAUGCUCCACAAGCGUCGCAUCAUGUACGAGCGUUUGGAAACUGUGUUCUCAAAGUACAGCCAUGAAGUGUUCUUCUGUGUCGCGUCUAUUCCUCUACUACCAAGCAUAUUCCCUAUGGACAGAGCAGUACAAGCUCCCGAUGUUGGCUCGUCUUCCCUCUAG